AUGAUGCGCUACUCGGAAAUACCGCGCGAGCUUGCCGAUAGACAAACGUGCAAAAGCAGGGUAGGUCGCGAGACGAAAACUGGCCGAAGCUUGUCGUCAACAGGCGGCCACAACGAAUCGUACGAUGGCGAUGGUGAUGAUGGAUAUGAGCGAUUCUCCACCUCCUCCUCUGGGAACGUUUCGCAACAGCAUGUGGAAAAAGCGCUCGACGGCAGCAUCGAUGCGCCAUUGAUCGAGGACGGCAAACGCAAACCCGAACGCCAGCGCGAUCGACAGCCGCUGGACGAUAAACAUUUGUGCCAUAAAGCAACUGCAGGUUCGAUCGAAAGUCUCAACGAUGGAUGUACGGCAACGUCGUCAUUUAGGCCAUGGCAUAGCUAUUCGAAAAAAUCGUACAGCUUACCACCGAAUACAACGAUCAGCGACGUGGGGUCGAUUGUAUUCAGCUGUCAGCAGGUAUCACCGGCCGAGCUGGCCGCCCAGAUAACGCUGUUGGAUUUUCCCAUUUUUAAUGCAAUACAACCGGAGGAGCUGACCGGCUGCGGCUGGACGAAGAAAAACAAACAUACUCUAGCGCCCAAUGUGGUGGGGUUCACCAAACGCUUCAACCAUACGACGUUUUGGACUGUACAGGAAAUACUCAACGGCGUCAGUCCGAAGGAUCGGGCCGAGAUCAUUAGCCAUUUUAUUAAGGUGGCAAAGAAAUUACAUGACAUCAACAAUCUUCAUUCUCUAUUUGCCGUCAUAUCUGCACUCAAAAGUGCGAGCGUGCAUCGGCUGAAGGAAAGCUGGCUGCUGGUGGCCCGCAAAGAUCAGCAACAGCUGGAUCGGUUGAGCGUUUUAUUUGACGAAAGCGAUAAUUGGGCGGCAUUGCGCAAAUGUUUAAAUCAAUUCAAACUACCGGGUAUACCAUACCUAGGGAUAUUUCUGACGGAUAUUAUCUACAUCGAUUUAAUGCACCCUAGCAAAUCGGGCGAGGAGAGUUAUGCGCGCGAAACCAAAAUGAACAAUGUGUUGCGGGUGUUGUCUAGCUACCAAAGUUCGAACUAUACGUUCAUCAGUCCAGUUCCACCGACGCUACGUUACCUGCAAUCCCGGCGGUAUAUUGACGAGCUUCAGAACAUAUUUGAGGAGGAUCAAUACAAAAAAUCUCUCAACCUGGAGCCUAGUGCAACCGCGUCCGGCACUGCGUCCGUGGGUACUAUGCGUUUACCAAAACCAAAAACGGACCACAGUGAUAUCGGUAGCCGCAGCCUGAGAACUUCCAUCGCGUUGACAGAGGGCGAAGAUUCUCCCGACUCGACGCUAUGCGUACCAAACACACGGCAGUUUAUACCUGGCCACCGGAAAUGCUACAGCUUAGGGACAAACAUUUUUUAUCCAAGAUCUUCCGAACAAUCAAGCGGCUCCUCAUCCGCUUCGAGCAGUCGUCACAUGAAGGUAGUGGAUGGUUUGAGUAAGAUGCGACAUUUGCUCGACGACUCGUAUGUGGAAGCUAAACGCGCAAACAGCAUCGGUGCAACCGGUGUUAGCGGUCAAAGCAGUGACCAUGAAUCGGAACACCCGACUACAGCACUGCAGCUGGUCGAGUUGGAACCGAUCACGACCGGUAAUUUGGUCGAAGGUUACUUGAAGCGAAAAACUGUCCUAAAGUAUGGACGCAAACCGACCGUCGCAUCCUGGCAAAGGUACUGGGUACUGAUAUGGUCCAACACAAUGAUUUACUUUCCUCCAAAAACCUUUAAAGGCAACGAACGAAGUAAUUUUAAAAAGGAACCCUCCAAAAUAUUCCCCCUAGAAGGAUGGACGGCCGAAGAGUCGGAUCUUCCGCUGCAGGACGAGUUCUUCCAGCUGGUAAAUUACAACCAUGGGCACGCGUAUCGUUUCAAGUCGGGUUCGAACGCUUCCGCCAAUCGGUGGCUGGCAGCACUGAAGCAAGUGACCACACCGAAACCAGCGGAACCACUAUCUAUCUCGUUGAAUCUGAUAUCUUUUGAAUAG